GGUGGUGUGAUCAAAAUCUUCGUCAAAGAGGACUUUCUCUCUCUACUCUCACUCUCACUCUCUGUCUUUCUCUCACUACAGUCUUUUAGGUCCCCAAAAGUCUCUAUGUAUAUAUUGGUAAAACCUAAAAUCCUCUCACCUAAUUUCCUUUACAUAGUCAUUAAUAUAUUUCGAUAUAUUAUUUCCCAAUCGGUUUAACCAAUUUUCCUACCGGUCGAUCUGAUCGUCCCCAUACUCGGAGCGCAAGGUUGUCGAUUCUUCCGUGCUUUCCUGUUUUCAAGAGGGUGAAGAAAUGGCUGGAGUUUCUGAUGAUCAGGCCACUAGCGUAUGCGGCCAUUGUGACCGAGCUAUUCCAUCAUCCAAUAUUGAUUUGCAUUUCGCUCACUGCUCCCGGAAUCUGGAGAAAUGUAAAGUAUGUGGUGAUAUGAUUCCCCGAAAACAUGCAGAGGAGCAUUUUCUGAGUACCCAUGCCCCGGUCUCGUGUUCCCUGUGCAGUGAGACUAUGGAUCGUGAUAUUUUAGAUGUUCACAAAGGAGAAAAUUGCCCUAAAAGAAUUGUGACCUGUGAAUAUUGUGAAUUUCCACUGCCUGCAAUUGAUCUAUUGGAGCACCAGGAAGUUUGUGGAAAUCGGACAGAGUUAUGUUACAUGUGCCAUAAAUAUAUAAGACUCCGAGAGACGCAUAGCCAUGAAAGCAGAUGCACUGGUGUUGUUAGUAACGUAGCUGAAUCAUCAAGGAACGUAAGGGCAGCGGAAAGGGAAAGGGCCCCAGGUGCUCCAAGGAGGCAACCGCGUGAGUUCUCACCAAGGCGCCUACUGUUUACUAUUGCAAUAACUGGGAUUGCUGUUCUAUUAGGUUCGCUUUUCUUCCAGAGGAAACCAGACCCGACUCCAGUGAACUAAUGUGGCGAAGAAUCGUUCAUGUGUGGUCUUCUUCCUAGGCUACUGAUUACACCUACUUACUGUGUGGUUUUACGACAGUCUAAUGUUGGUUGCGCCUGUAUGAUUGACGACAUGUUAUAGUGUUGAAAGAUUUGUGCGCCCUGGAUCUUUGUAUCAAAUGAGAGACGGAUAUUGUUCCAUUCGGUAAAUAGCUUUAUUUGUAAAAAAAGGGGAACCAAAUCCCAUUUCAACUGGGAAAGAAUAAAUCAUUCGUUCUUCUUCCAAA